GAUGGAUGUUUGACCAUUCAAAAUCUUAACUAAGACCUGUCACCUUAUUUUUAGUAAAGAGAGAGAGAAAGCAUUGCUUUAUUAUAGAUUUGUGUCUUGUUUUGUUUUUUGUUUCAUUGUUCUUUUUCUCUUCCAUUUCUAUUGUUGUUUGCAGAAACUGAAAAACAAGAGGGAGAAACUCAAUUUUUUUGUGUUUCUCUCUUUUGUUUUCAAUUUUCAACAAAAAAAAAAUAAAAAACAUAUAAUAACAAAUUUUUAGAGGGUGUUUAGAUUUGAGGGUGUGUUGUUGAUUCAGUUGUGUAUUGUUGAGGUUGGAAUCAGACAAUAUGAACAUGAUGAGAAGAUUAAAAAGCAUUGCUUCUGGUAGAACCUCUAUUUCAUCAGAUCCUGGUGGGGAUUCUACCAUAAAAAGAGCCAAGUUUGAUCUAGAAAGUGGGGAAACAAAUCGUGUUGAAAGAGGCGGAAAUAACAAGGAUAAGUAUGUAGAUGCAUCGCAAGGAGAUGUAUCUACUACAAGUAAUUCUAAUGUUUCUGCUGUGGCUAAAACCGAGAAGUCAGGUUGUGAUCAGCUUCCAAAAGAAUUAAACGAAAUGAAAAUUAAAGAUGAUAAAAGCAAAAACAACAACGAAAAGGAUAUGGAAGCAACUAUUGUGAACGGAAAUGGAACCGAAACUGGUCAAGUAAUUACAACUUCUAUUGGUGGUCGAGAUGGACAGCCAAAGAGGAUAAUCUCAUAUGCGGCAGAGCGUGUUGUUGGUACCGGUUCUUUUGGUGUUGUUUAUCAGGCUAAGUGCGUUGAAACUGGCGAAUCCGUUGCAAUAAAGAAAGUCUUACAAGACAAGAGAUAUAAAAAUAGGGAACUCCAGGUUAUGCGUAUGCUUGAACACACUAAUGUUCUUAAACUGAAGCACUGUUUCUACUCGACGGCUGAAAAAGAAGAUGUGUACCUUAACUUAGUUUUGGAGUACGUACCUGAAACUGUCUACAGAGUUUCGAAGCACUAUGUCAGGAUGCACCAACACAUGCCUAUAAUUUAUGUACAACUAUACAUGUAUCAGAUUUGCCGUGGUUUAAAUUAUAUGCAUCAUGUGGUUGGAGUCUGUCACCGUGACAUCAAACCUCAGAAUCUAUUGGUUAAUCCCGCGAGUCAUCAGUUAAAGAUAUGUGAUUUUGGUAGUGCAAAAAUGUUGGUGCCUGGUGAACCCAACAUAUCAUACAUAUGCUCACGGUAUUAUAGAGCUCCUGAACUUAUAUUCGGUGCAACGGAAUACACAACUGCUAUUGAUGUUUGGUCUGCUGGCUGUGUUUUGGCUGAGCUUCUUCUAGGACAGCCAAUUUUUCCUGGAGAGAGUGGGGUUGAUCAGUUGGUAGAGAUCAUUAAGAUUUUGGGAACACCAACAAGAGAAGAAAUAAAGUGCAUGAAUCCAAAUUACACUGAAUUCAAGUUUCCUCAGAUUAAAGCUCACCCAUGGCACAAGAUCUUUCACAAAAGCAUGCCUUCUGAAGCAGUGGACCUUGUGUCAAGGAUGCUUCAGUAUUCACCAAAUCUACGUUGCACAGCUUUGGAAGCAUGUGCACACUCUUUCUUUGAUGAUCUCCGAGACCCAAAUGUACGCUUACCGAAUGGGCAAGAACUUCCCCCUUUGUUUGAUUUUACAGCUCAAGAGUUGGCAGGCGCAUCUGAUGAGUUGCGUCGGCGUCUCAUUCCUGAGCAUGCAAGGAGUUGAUUUUUUUCUUCGGCCAUUUGUAAAUUGAUUUUGGAUGAGUAGAUUACCAGACCAGCAAUGCUACUUUCGCUAACAGUUCAGAUCUCUGCUGUCCAACCUGCACAAUCAUGACUAUACAACUCAUAUGAGCCUCAAAACCACGCAACCUCUUUAUCAAGGACCUGCAGAUGACAAUCACAUGGAUGAUGUAGGAGUGCCUGCUGAAACUGUUACAUUCAAUUUUUAAGUAGUUUUUGGUUGAUGUAUGCCUCAAUUUUAAAGAUAACAAGUUCACACAAUUCUUUUGCUAACGUUUCAUAUAGUUCUAGAUUGUUUGUUCCUCAAAGUGGACUGUGGAAAUCAUCAAUCAAAUGAGUAGCAUUUUUUUUCUUCUAA